AAACCAACCUUGUCCCUGACUCCCAGUCGCGUCCUUGCUCCAUCCCGACCUGGAGGCUGCUUCACUAGCGCGGGACGCCGCUGAUGCCCUCUAAUCAGCGCCGCCCGGGAGCCCGUUGGCAGCGGCGGCGACGGUGACGAGAAGCCCCCACAGGCAAGUUUUACAGAGUUAAUUGAGAGUUGGAGGCAACCUUGCUGAAGAUGAAGAAUAUACCAUAUUAACAGAGGAGGAGGAGGAAAUUUAUUCUUUUUUCCUUUCCAAAGUCUUAACUAUUUGGUGGCUUGCCUUUAGUUACUACUUUUUGGCUGUGUCUGUUUGCUUCAUGAGAAAUGAUUUUUACAAUCUCAAGAAAAAAUAUGUCCCAGAAAUUGAGUUUACUGUUGCUUGUAUUUGGACUCAUUUGGGGAUUGAUGUUACUGCACUAUACUUUUCAACAACCAAGACAUCAAAGCAGUGUCAAGUUACGUGAACAAAUACUAGAUUUAAGCAAAAGAUAUGUUAAAGCUCUAGCAGAGGAAAAUAAGAACACAGUGGAUGUCGAGAAUGGCGCUUCGAUGGCAGGAUAUGCGGAUCUAAAAAGAACAAUUGCUGUCCUUUUGGAUGACAUUUUACAACGAUUGGUGAAACUAGAGAACAAAGUCGACUAUAUUGUUGUGAAUGGCUCUGCAACCAACACUACAAAUGGAACUAGUGGGAAUCUGGUGCCAGUAACUACAAACAAAAGGACUAAUGCAGCAGGCAGCAUUAGAUAGCAGUUACAGAUCACCUUGUGCUGCUCCAUCCACCGCGGAUUAUACCCUAGGGCAGAAAAGCUUUUCAAUCGCUGGCUAGGAUAGAACAAUCUACAAUUAAAGCUCUCUGUAUUUUCAAGGAAUAUGCUGGAUUCAUGAACUCUUAUUCUGUAUAUACAUUUUUAAGUUAUUAGUUUGCUUUCAGGCAAGUGUCUUCAAUGCUGAACUAUAUCCUUCAAGGGUGUAACAUGGUUGAUGUGGUAUGCAGGUAGGUGAUCUUUGUAUAAACUUUUUUGAGUUUGAGAUCAAGCUGAAAUAAAAACACUGAAAGACAUGGGUUCAUUUCAAUAAAAUAUUUAUUUAAAUAUAUAACAUGUUUUUCAGACAAAUAAAGAAUAUUGUUAUUAAAUCAUUCUGUCGUUUGUUCUCAAGAUACAUAACUGUUAGACUAAUACUGUUAGAAAGUGUGCUUACUUCUAGUACUAUAUUUUGUUACUCAGAUUCUGAGCGGAGAAAGGAAGUAAUAAUAUUGAAAAUAAUGUUUUGAAAUCAUGACCCAAAGAAUGUCUUCAUUUGCACUAUCCUUCAGAAUAACUGGAGGUUAACUAUUGUAUAUUUAAAAAAAUUACAUUUGUAUGAGUAUAAUCUUGAAAUGGGUAGUAGCCACUGUCUGUAACCUAUUCUAAACAUUGGGACAAUUAAAUAAUGUUAAGAUAGUAAUCUCUAACCUCAUAUGUAACAUUUUCUUUCACGAAUUCUGAAGAAUAAAAGAUAUUUUAUGAUGAGAUUAAAAAGAAGUAUUCAUGAUUUUUCA